AUGCUGCAUCACUGGUAUCCACAGCCAAGUUUUAACGAAACGGAGCUAAUUCUCGAGAAGCAGCAUCGAUUACUCCAACCGAUCUGGGAUUUUGUCAAGCACGGAAACGAGCCAAUCCUCUCUUCUCCACUUUUUCCUCCAUUUUACGCACUUAGCAUUGACUACACUUUCGUAGCGAUAUUUACCGUUAUCGAUCUUUUCCUUUACGAUGUCCCAUUCUUCAAGAAAUAUAAAAUACAAAAAGAUCGCAAAGUCACUUGGGAUUUGAUGAAGAAAUCGUUCGUUUUGCAGUUCUGGAACCAACUUCUGUGGAUCUAUCCAAUGGCUCUCGUUCAACUCAUCUGGGUUCCACCCACUUUUCUCCCCGAACUUGCUCCAACUCUCUUCGAAUUUCUCACCCAAUUGACCAUCUUCUUUCUCGCUUUUGACUUUACCUACUUCUGGUUUCAUUACACGUUUCAUAAAGUAACAGCUCAACAUUUGCAUCCAUUUGAGCUCUUCUUUGUCGGCACUUUUAUCACAGCCAUUCCAUGGAUCUUCCCGACUCAUUGCUUCACUUACUACACGUGGCUUUUCAUCGCGCAAGCUGUCUCUUAUGAAGUUCAUCUCGGCUACGAUUUCCCAUUUGCUCUUCAUCGCUUCUUGUUCUUCUACUCGGGUGCUCCUGCUCAUGACAUGCAUCAUUUACGACCAUUAACCUGCUUUGAGCCUUGGUUGAACUAUUUGGACAAAUUGAUGGGUUAUCACAUCACUUAUGAAGAUCUGAAGAAAAUGGCCCAAGAGAAAAGCAAAAAAUUCGGUCGUUAUGCGAGAGAGGACGAGCAAGGAUUGGAGAAAAUCAAC